AUGAUUAUAUAUGACGGGGAGAAGUACUCGUGUGUCUCGUGUAUCCGAGGCCACAGAUCCACAACCUGCAAACACAGCAACCGGAUGCUGGUCAAAGUACGCACAAAAGGUCGUCCAUCAGCUAAAACGGUAAGAAAAGUUAUCCUGGUGGAUGCUAGUUCUCAAGUCGACAAUAGUAAGGACACCUUACCAGACCAUGUAUCGGGGUCUGAUUGCUGCUCUUCUACACCAGCACAAUCGCCUUCCUUGCCCUGGUCCUGUAAAAUGAAUAAACAGCCAAUUUUGUUUCUACGUGCUCAAAGCACCCAGAAGGCAUUUCUGGUCGAUGGUGCACUGAAGAUUGUCAUAGAAGAUAAAAACGCACCAUUACCAGACGGGAAAGUGAAACUUGUUUCGGAAAAAGACUACCUUAUGAAUCAUCUGAAGAUGUCUCAUCCAAAUGAUGCUACCGGUAGCCAAUUUUUACAUACCCACACCAGCCAAAGGUCUGAUAAUUUGAAGGAUGAGACAUUGACAGAACCUGCUCUUUGGAAUCUCCGAUCCUUCGCCGAUCCCAUUGAAAACAAGCAACAUACCCAUGAUACGGUCCUAUCAAAUGGCGACAAUCGUUCAUUUCAUGCUAACACUUGUAAACAUACAAGUGUAAGUCAGGUGGACUUCCAGGUCAACCAAGAUUAUUCGACGGCUCCAGAAUUUCAAAACAACUCUUUUGUCGAACUUCUCACGCCCAAGGGCGUAUAUCUGAGCACUCAAUGCAACUGUGAGAGUGAUUGCCAGUGUGUGAACUGUCUUAUUCAUCGUAAGGAAGAGGAAAUAGAAAGCUAUGUCAAACAGAGUGGAGUGCCUCUGUCGAACGUUGGCAAUGGUCGUAUUAGUCUCCCGGAUGAGCAAUUCAACCCAGAUACAAUAGUUUGCAAGGCAUCGUCCGGAAACUGUUACACUGACGAUUGCAUUGAUCAUCCCAAAGAAAUUGUUCCCUUCAAUAAGAUAAUACUAUAUGGGCUAUUAAACGUUUCUCUUGGACCAUCAAGUCUUAUCAAGUACAAGAAUAAGUUGAUACCAUCCAAAUAUUGGUGGGGACUGAUUAAGGAAGAGUUACCAUUCAUGACUCCUAACCAAAUAACAAAGCUAGAUCUGAUACAGUGGUUCGAAGACAUACUUGUCACGAUGGAGGCGCAUAACUUAAGGGCAUAUGGCCAGGGAUUAUUAAACGGUCAUAACAUUGGGCUAAUGACACACGCAUAA